AACUGUAAUUUGUCAACUAUGAAACAUUAAUGUAUUUGUAUUUGAAAAUCUAACCAUUGUUUGAAUCAGUACAUUUCUAGGGUAAAUUAGUAUUGACUUUUGCUGUGUCUACUGAUUUUAUUGAAAUAAAAACUUCGGUCAAUGGCAAGUUGAGCAAAAUUUUCGAUUUUGUUCAAUAAACUACAGUUAUUAUUAUCAUUAUUCAAUUCUCCUAGUAGUUCACAGUUGAGACUCUCGGUUAAAAUUAUUUUCACUAAAUUCUGAAAUUCCUUAGUUGAUCUUCUGUUAUUUUGAAAACAUUUGAAAUAUUGUUAUGUUCAAAAUCUAAUAGUGUAAUGUUACGUAAGUCAUUCAUUAACUAUAUUUCAUUUUUGAAGCAAAAGGAAGUUACAGAAGAAUCAAAAAUAGUUCCGGAAUCCAUUAAGAAUCCCGAAGAGGGGCCAAAGGUAGACUUUUUGCUUGCCAAUAAUGUUCAUGCGGAACCUCGGAAAUCUGCUAUUGCCUCAAGGAAACCAGCUGCCAAAAAAUCUAGUCUGGGCGCGAAAAAGUCCGGCCUCGGCGCCACAAAAGUGAAAACGAACUUCGCCCAACUGGAACGCGAGGCGGAACUGGCCGAAGAGUCGCGCAUGCGCGCUGCCGAAGAGAGUCUCAAGAUGGCCGCGUUGACGAGCAAGCAAGAGGAGGAGCGUGAGGCUGCCGUCAGGUUGGCUUACAAGGAGCUCGGCGACCAGCAGCAGAAGCGCAACGAGCAGGCACGCAAGCAGAAUCCCGCCAAGGCCGACCAGAUGGAGCGUCUCGGGAUGGGGAUCAGCACCAGGGGUGGUAUCAGCCAUUCUGCUCUCAGUGACAUGCAGACUAUUGAGCAGGAAAACGUCCAAUCUCCUUCAAGCACUCUCUCUUCUCUGGGGAAGCUUCGUCUUUCCGAUAAUGACAAUUUCUUCGAUGAUUACUCUUUCGACAGUUCAUUCAGCAUGAACAGGAACACGAACAGCUUGUUCGGCUCGAGCAAGCUCUCGCUUGACGCCAAACCCAAGUCGAGCAGCAAGGAUAGCUGGGUCAUCGUCGAAUAA